AUGUUUUCCACGGUAUUCGCGUCCGUUCUUUUGGUCCUCUCCUCGGUCCUCACUCCGGUGAACACCCAGUCUAUCGACAUAAACUCCGUCGCCGAGGCCACUCGAGAGUACUGGUGCAGUUCCCAGAAAGCUGCAUGUCCCCUCAUUUGCCUACAACUUCCAGGAGCUACCGGAUCUCCAGCAGAAAAUUCCUGCGAUGCUGAUACCUUGAGCUACUCUUGCGUCUGCAGCAACAAUGUCUCGCCCAAUGCAUCCGAGUACUCCCAGACAAUGCCCUACUUUAUCUGCACCGAGACAAAUACCGAAUGUGUCAACAAGUGCACCACCAGUGCCUGUGCGGCCGCCUGCCGCUCCGACCACCCUUGCGGUGCUCAAGACCCCAAGCGCGUCAAUGUCACCACCACUACCUCUGCCGCUGCUACGACAAGUACCGCCACGUCCACUGCGGUGCAGACCGACGAGGCCACCGGUGCUGCUACUCGAUACGCCCUCGAAAUGGGUCAUAUCUAUGGAACUUUCAUUCUCAUCAGCGGUUUCCUUGCCGGAUUUGCGAUUCUCUUGUGA